UUCUCACCUGACCGCCUCUCAAUAAAACAUUGACGUAACAAGAUGACUCUUAAGUCCUGGUUCACUUGGAGAACGCUCGUCUUGAGCUACCUCGCAGUAGCCCGAACUGGCAGGGCCGGUGUCAUAUCGCUGGAAGGCGAACCUCAUCAAGAUCAUCAGCACAAUGAUCUCCACCUGCACGACCAUCACGCAUCGGUGGCCAGCUCCUUCAUGCAUUUCCACGGACCAGUCGAAGGCCCGGAGUUCGAAGUUAAGGUACCGUACAUCAUCCCUCACAGCAGCGAGCACAACCACCUGGUCCACGGUGAAGGUCACGAGUCCACCGAAGAAGCAGGAAGCGACCAUGACUUCCAUCACGGUUACACCCUCGACUACGUCGCACAUCCGAAGUACAAGUUCUCUUACGGCGUCGAGGAUCAUCAUACCGGCGACUUCCAUGGGCAGAAAGAAACUCGAGAUGGAAGCAGCGUCACGGGCGAGUACAGCGUGAUGGAACCAGGUGGCAACCUCAGAAUCGUCACAUACCGCGCGGACAAAGAUGGCUUCCACGCGGUAGUUCACAACUCCGGAAAAAACGAUCAUGCAGGUGGAACCUACAGUUCUGAAGCUCACUAUGAGCGGCAAGGUCACCAUCAUCCUCAUCAAGAAAUUCACGUUCAGGAACAACCUCAUCACGAAGAGAGUCAUGGCGGACACGGCCUCCAGGAGUACGCGGCUGGGUACGGUACUCACGAGGCUUACAACUGAGCCCUUCCCCCAGCCCUCAUUUUUCCACCCUUCCCAGUUCCAGCCUCGUGGAGCUUUUCAUCGAGAUCUCUUUCGUACCUGCACUCUGCAGCACUGCCCUUGGACCAGGUAGCUUCCCAGGAAGCGAAGUAGGCCUGAAAGCUCAAGAUCCAGAAUUCCAUUGUUUUUCUUCAUUCGGACGAUUCCAAGUCCCAAAUUAGUGCAGAGCUCGUCAAAACGGAAACUUUCGUUUCCACUUUUUUGCUUAUCGCCGUUAGAAUUUUUCAAUCAUUUUCUAUCAUAUUCCUUGUCCGUACCAAAGUCUCUCGAUCACCAGUCUCGUCAAGUGUCACGAGGACACGCAUCGCACCGUCAUCCUAUGUUUGUAUGUUGUAAAUAUUCGUUUUUGGUCGUAAUAAAGUUAAACGUAU